CAGCUGCCAAAGCACAGGUUCGUCUCUGAAAAGGUUCAAUCAUCCCAACAGCUGUCAUGGACAACGUGAAGCCACGCAGCAAUGAUGAGGAUGAAGAGCUACACUCUACAGACCAAGAGAGUAAAGAGAAGAGCAAAGAUAAAAAGACCCUGUGCAAAGUAAAGUGGUCCCGAGAUGAGGAUGAAAAGCUGAAAAAACUUGUAGAGCAGCAUGGAACUGACUCCUGGAAACUAAUCGCAAACUUUUUUUCAGGGAGGACAGAUGGCCAAUGUCAGCACCGCUGGCAGAAGGUGCUCAACCCGGAGCUGGUGAAAGGACCGUGGACAAAAGAGGAGGAUCAAAAGGUUAUUGACCUGGUGCACAAGUACGGCCCAAAGCGUUGGUCAGUGAUCGCCAAGCACCUCCAGGGCAGGAUUGGAAAGCAGUGCCGUGAACGGUGGCACAACCACCUUAACCCCGAGGUGAAGAAGUCUUCAUGGACUCAGGAAGAGGACAGAAUCAUCUACGAUGCCCACAAACGACUUGGCAACCGCUGGGCCGAGAUCUCCAAGCUUCUUCCUGGACGGACAGACAACUCCAUCAAGAACCAUUGGAACUCCACCAUGAGGAGAAAGGUGGAGCAUGAGGGAUACCUGCAAGAUGGCAGCAAGAGUUUCACCUCCGCCCAUGCUGGAAUGAGGAGACGCCACCACAGGUCGUGUCCUCCAACACCAACAGAGCUCCAGCACUGUGAUCGCAGUCCUCUGCCUAUACCUGGACCCAACCAGAUGGGCAGCUAUCCUUAUGAUUCUCUAAGUCGACACUUGAUGGACGGUCUUCCUGAUAAUUCUGGCUUCUUAUCGCCAUCCUGCCUGGAUGAUCCUGACAAAGAGCAAAGAAUUAAGGAGCUUGAGCUGCUGCUUAUGUCAGCAGAGAAUGAAGUCCAACGACAAGCGCAGUGCAGAGGUCCACGUAGUUUGGAGCAGUACUCAGCCUGGUCCGACAGUGUGUCAGAUGACACAAUGACUACGAGUAGCAGCAGCAUAGAGGAGCAGGUGGAGGGAAGGCCCUGGAGGGGGUCUGAGAUCCCUCAUGGACCUCCAUCACAGCUUCCUGUCUCCCCCAGCAAGUUCCUGGCUGUAGAGGCCAGCGCUGUGCUCUCCACCCUGCAGACCAUACCAGAGUUCGCAGAAACCAUGGAGCUCAUCGAUUCGAUGUGUUUUGCUCUGCAGGACCCUGUUGCGUGGAGCGACGUGGCCAGUUUCGACUUGUCCGAGACAGAGACGCCGCCCAGGCACAACCAGGCAGGCUACACCACCCUCCUGCAAGAGAGGACGAUUGACAAUUCAAUGGCCUUCACAGUCAACAGUCCGCCAUCCAUCUCUAGACGGGAUAAGAACUGUGAUUCAUUUGGUCUGGGCAGUGUCUCCUCCUUGACUCCUAUCAACUCAUCCAAACCCACCCAAGCAUCCAUUGGGAGGAGGAGGAGGAGAGAUAGGGGGGAACCGUCUCCCUCCUGUGACAGGACCUGCUCUUCCUUCUUGGCAAAUAUCUCAAAUUCUCCCAAGAAAACGCCCACAAAGUCACAGCCAUUCACCCCAUCACGAUUCUGCAACAUAUCAGGGGCGGAGCAUCUGAAUCUGGAUAACCCCGCCCUCACCUCAACGCCUGUGUGUGGCCAAAGGUGUCUCCUCAACACGCCGCUGCACAAAGAGACCACACCUAAGCACCAGAAAGAGAAUGAUGGUUCACGGACCCCUAAAUUUCGUAAAACUGUCAUGAUUCCAACCCCGAGGACGCCGACUCCCUUCAAAAAUGCUUUGGCUGCCCAGGAGAAAAUGCAUGGGCCACUAAAGAUGGAGCCACAGCCGUUGGCAUUUCUAGAAGAAGACAUUCGAGAAGUUUUGAAGCGGGAGACCGGGUCAGACAUCUUCAACAGAUUGGACCUCCAGCCAGAUUACAGAGCAUGGAAACAAAAUAUCGAUGGCCCAGCUAGAAAGGUGCGCAAGUCUCUUGUGCUGGACCCCUGGGGGAAAGACUGCCCCAACAUCCAACACUUCCAAGAGCAACUCAACAACGCACAAGUGCCAGGUGACAGUAUACUGACAGGCUCUUCACUCGUCACCCAAAUACCCGAGCAAGAAGAGUGUAGGCGUUCUUUGACCUCUGGGCGAGAGGAGCCCUCAUUAGUUCCCGUUCAUCCUCAUCGCUUUAGUAGCCCUCGGAUGAAGAAGCUUCUUGCCUCCCACAAAGCACCAAAACAUGCCAUGGUACAGGUGAGUGAGUGGGAAGCAGUGGUUUAUGGGAAGACAGAGGACCAGCUGAUCAUGACAGAACAGGCCCGUCAGUACCUGAACCCCUACACGUCGUCUGGCUCUACCUCAAGGGCCCUGGUGCUUUAAAGCCGUCCCCUCGCUGAGCAUGCAACACUACUACGCCCAUCCAACAACUAAAACCUCCAUCGAAUCCUGAAAGAGACAAUCCAGUUUUAUUUUUCUUUGGAGCGGUAAUGCACUGCCAAGGAGGUCUACAGACAUGC